AGGCAUUUUCGUUUCACAGAUUCAUCAGUGCCACCAGAGAUUCUUGCCCGAGGACCUCGGGCUCAACGUGCUUACGAAAGGGCUUUGCAGAUCGGGAAAGUCAAAGUAUACCGCGGCCGCAUCAUGAUCCUUGGUCAAGGCCGUGCGGGAAAGACAAGUCUGAAGAAAUCCCUGCUUGGUUUGCCGUUUGACCCUCAAGAAAACAGCACAAUAGGUGUGGAAGUUGACCCUUCCAGAUGUGAACUGGACGUUGCUCAAAUAAAGAACUGGGAACCUAUAGAAGGGAAGAAGCUUGAUGUCUCUGAUUUUGCUGAGUACAUGGCAAAGUUAGUCGCCAGAGAUUUAAACGAAAUAGUUGAUCAAGAAAAGGUUUCGUCUGCGGGUCCACCUUCACAGGAGGAGGUAGUGUUCUAAUUCUAAGCGAAUAAUGUAAAAUACGCUUAAACUCCAUUACGAGGUUAACUGCCAGCUUGGAGGAAGUAGCCUUAAAUGAAGAGUGAUUGUUAAGCGGCAAAAAAAAAAAAAAGUGUCAAUUGCUUGCGACCAAGGCCCCGUCCGCACGUAUCCGGAUAUUUUUUAAUUUGACAUCCCCAAAGAAAUUAAGUUCGCUAUGUUUAGAAGAUCAUCUUCGCAUUCAGUGACAAACUAGAUAGUAGACUUUUAAGGAACAUAUUUACUACGACGUACUGCAGGACUUUUCGUUAUAAUAUAUGAGAAUAGAACUGUCGUUUAUGACCGCGUUUUACAUUUAUUUUAGUUACUGCAUAACAACCUGCCUACUGCUUCUGCUACUGUUGCUGCUGCAGCUGAGUCAACGUCAGAUACCAUCAUGGUUAAGGAGGUGGAAGAGGAAUCUUCUGAAGAUAGUGAUCUAAAAUAUAGCUAUCAAGCUGAGCUCAAUAUCGGCAGCACCUCAGUCGUACCAAAUGACGUUAUCGAAUUGGUUGUCCGGUACCUAAAGAAUCUUAAUUUAGAAGAAGACAUCAAAGGGAAGGAAGUGGUUUUAACGCUCUGGGAUUUUGCAGGUCAACACCUUUACUAUGCGUCCCAUUCUGUGUUUCUUUCCCGGCGAGCAAUUUACAUCUUAGUGUACAACCUCCAGAAGAGCAUAUGUGCCAAAGCAGAGCCUCGUGUUAGGCAAGGCACUCAUGAUGUUGUUCUGGACAACCCAAACAAUGAGACCAAUCUAGAUCAUCUUUUGUCUUGGUUGGUAUCUGUGCACGCCAUUGUGCCCCAAGCGGAUCAAAUCGGCAAAGACCUCGAUAGCCAAGCGACGAUUGUACCUUACCUACGUCCUCCGGUAAUCAUUGUGGGUACAAAUGCUGAUCAACCGUUUGAAGAUCCCAGGGCCACGGAAAAGUACAUCCAGAGGAGUGUCUCGGGCAAAACAUACGAGAAGCACGUGAUUAGGCCAUUCUUUGCUGUUGAUAACACCAAGUCGAACAAAGACUUGGGAGUUCAAGAACUGCGGCGAAAAAUCAUGGAAGUUUUGAAUCAAGAGCCGUACAUGGGAGAGGAGGUACAUCUCGGGCAAAACAUACGAGAAGCACGUGAUUAGGCCAUUCUUUGCUGUUGAUAACACCAAGUCGUACAAAGACUUGGGAGUUCAAGAACUGCGGCGAAAAAUCAUGGAAGUUUUGAAUCAAGAGCCGUACAUGGGAGAGGAGGUACCGCUGAGGUAAAAUGCUGCGUUAAUUCUUUAAAUGUCAUACCAAACUGUUUUCCAAGGCCCGUUUACACCGCACAAAAUCUAGUCAAAGCCAUGCAUUAAAUUCUUCCUUAUUCUGAGCUGCCAACAACAAUGCGUUAAUUUUAAUAAAUUCUUGGAGAUCGAUGUAGGAGCUUUCUCAAAUUUAGAAAAUUUGAUUUAAUUUCAUUAACUGUCUUUAGGCACUUUACUAGAAAUACCAGUUUCUUUUCCUAGUCAUGUUUCUUGGAGGUAGGGGGUGCAAAAUGUGUGAGAAGAUGACGUGUAAACGUCUGCAUGGUGCAUUCCUUAGGUGGUUCAACUUUGAAAAAGUUGUAGAAGCAUUAGUGGCCAAGGGAACCUACCACAUGGAUCUAAAUGAGCUCCUGACUGUCACAAGACAGGUUUGCCGCAUCUAUGACGGGGAUGAGUUGACAACCAUGUUGAAUUUCUAUCACGACCUUGGCGUGAUUGUUAAACACGGCCAGACUGUGGUAUUGCAGGCGCAGUGGUUGAUUGAUCUCUUCAAACAGCUGAUAACUGUGCGGCCUUUUGAUGAAGUUGUAAGUUAUGUCUGUUGAUAACGAAAUUACAAUACAAACUUUAAAGUGAUUCUUUGAUGUUUUUGUUACACCGAAAAUAAUGUAACUCCAUCCAGUGGUAUCAUUGCCAGUCGCCCCUUGAGAAACAAGAAUGGAACUGGAGCCGAAAUGCCUCCCGCAGUUGUUUCUGGGAUCGUUGCUGGGGACUCGCCAGUCAGCUAUUGGCCAUUUUUCCCCUCAGUGUCCCCAGUAACAUUCCCAGACGUCUUUGCGAAAGUUCGUUCGACCAAGUUUUCCUAAGCGUUAGAUCCAGUCGGCCUAAACCCCCUUCGACACCUUAUGAAAUUUGUAUAACCUAUUAUUCCUUAUCGCUUCGGUAUUCCGAUUAAGGGUAAGCAACAAUACUGAUUAGGGUUAAGCACUGACUCCAAACGGUUACCUUCUAUUAAGGGUUAGAGUUGUUGCAAUAUAGCUUCAAAUCAAACCAACUCCUGCCAGCAAAUCCUCAGGCGUAUUGGCAUAGGUGAUGGACUACAGAGAUUAAGCUGCAAGUUCGAUUCUUACUCUCGCGCUUCUGGAUUUUUUUUACCGUAAAAAUUGAAGAGACUUUCAGGAACAUUUCCUGAGCAGGAAUGUCAAGGAACCUGGAAAUUCCAUCUAAGUGUAGUGUAGAAACAAUAAAGCAUAAUAGAUUGUGUAAACUUCAUAAGGUGUCCAAGGGAUUUACACUGAUGGGAUCAAUUUAGACCUUACAGAUGCUAUUGUUUAUCAUUCCAUUUACGAAUGUGAAAGACAGUCAAAGAAUACGCAAGAAUGUUUUGUUGUAUUGUUAUUUAGAAUGCCGUAUCUUUUGCGAAAUCUUCGCAAACCUUCAGCGACUAAAAAAAGGAUUGUCGUUUCCUAUUAAUGACAACAUUGUUAGCUUUUGCCCUUUCUUGUCUGAACAUAGCAAGGCUAAUUUUUUUAAAUUUUAGGUGAGUUGUUUAAAUUAAACUUCUUUUUUCUUUGUAUUCAGGAUCCUCUGUUUUCAGAGUGUUGGCUUGAGCUUGAGCACAGCGGCAUUCUAAGGAUGGCUUUGAUUGAUCACAUUUUUGCAGAAUUUAUCCAGAAAGGCCUGAGUAAGCAGGAUAUUUUGGACAUGAUGGAGGUCUAUGGAUUGGUAACAAAAUUCUUUUGUUGGUCUGCAGAAAGUGAACAGGAGCAAACUAAGUACUUUGUUCCCUCUCAGCUAAGAUCAUCUCCGUCAGGUCUGUGCGAAUUGAAGCCUUCUGAAAGCGAUCCAUGUCCGUUGUACCUGCACUUUCUUGACGGCUUUGUUCCUAACGGGUUUUUCCCUCAGCUUUUGUCAAAGUGUAUACACUGGUGUUCAAAACAGCGGUUAAAAGGACCACCUCAGUUAUUCCAAAACGGCGCAAGGCUUCUCAUCGGAGUGCAUGACAUUUUUGAGCUUAUUCUUCUCUGCAGAAAGAGAUUCAUCAAGGUCUUGUUAAAGAAAAAAACCUCUUCUAAUUCUUCAGCAGGAACAUGUGCUACUCGAUUGAUGGCUAAUAAGGUUCGAGACUCUAUCGAAGAAACUUUGCAAAGCUUGUCUCGUGAGCUAUCCUGGUUAUGCAACCUUCGCUAUGAACUAUGUGUUUUAUGCGCCUCUUGCAGUGAGCAGUGUAGAAAGCAUGGCUUAGUAUCCUGUGAUCACGACGAUUGUCAGCAUCUUCUGCAGGUAACCCCUGGGGAGGAGCUGUUUUGUUUGAGGAGCUUCUGUGAUAACACAGUGAAAGUUCAUGGAUUGGAGAAAUGGUUUCAUCUCACUGAGGUAAAAAACUAG